CGGCGUUUAAGAGGUGGGCAUUGAAGAAGAAAGUGAAGCUCGAGCCCUGUACGGCGAUUUUGGGUCGAGGCGAUGAAGGCGAUAGUGAUAACCACUCCCGGAGGCCCAGAAGUACUGCAACUUCAAGAAGUUGAAGAUCCUGACCUCAACGCCGAUGAGGUCCUUAUCAAGGUCGAAGCCACAGCGCUCAACCGAGCCGAUACCCUUCAGAGAAAGGGCCAGUACCCUCCACCAAAGGGUACCAGUCCUUAUCCGGGACUCGAAUGCUCUGGAACCGUUGAAGCCGUCGGAAAAGACGUUUCCCGCUGGAAAGUUGGCGAUCAGGUGUGUUGUCUUCUCAGUGGAGGUGGGUAUGCUGAGAAGGUGGCUGUGCCUGCUGGACAAGUUCUUCCAUUGCCGCCUGGUGUUUCUCUGAAGGAAGCUACCGCUUUUCCUGAAGUGGCUUGCACUGUUUGGUCCACUGUUUUCAUGACCAGUCGCCUCACUGCUGGGGAAUCACUUUUGGUUCAUGGAGGCUCUAGUGGCAUUGGAACAUUUGCCAUUCAGAUUGCCAAAUACAUAGGAGCCAGAGUAUUUAUCACAGCAGGUAGCGAUGAAAAACUAGCUUUCUGCAAGAACCUUGGUGCUGAUGUUUGUAUAAACUACAAAACGGAGGACUUUGUUGCCAGAGUAAAAGAAGAAACCGGUGGUAAAGGUGUUGAUGUUAUUCUGGAUAGCCUUGGAGCAUCCUAUUUCAAGAAAAAUCUUGAGAGCUUGAAUUAUGAUGGGAGGCUUUUCAUUAUUGGGUUCAUGGGUGGAGCUGUUACAGAAUUAGAUCUCCGUGCUUUGUUCCCCAAGCGCCUCACCGUUCAAGCGGCUGGCUUGCGAACGAGGACCCUAGAAAACAAAGCAGUAAUCGUUAGUGAAGUGGAGAAGAAUGUUUGGCCUGCAAUUACGGCUGGUAAGGUGAAACCUGUGAUCUACAAAUCUUACCCUUUAUCUGAAGCAGCAGAGGCUCACAGGCUCAUGGAAAGCAGCAACCAUAUAGGAAAAAUAUUGCUUGUUCCAUGAUUCCAUAAAUGUUUAUGUAAGACACUGUUUGAUGAGUUCAUACAUAACCAUGUUUAACUUUCUAGUAUAUUUCCCUCAACUUCAUAUACUGCUCACUUAAAUGAAUACUAUGCUAAACGGAUUCAUCUCA